AUGGGUGGACCCACGGACAGACCCACGGACACCCAGAGACCCACAGCGGGACCCACGGAUGGAUCCACAGACACCCAUGGACCCACAGACAGACCCACAGUGGGACCCACAGACACCCAGCAACCCACAGACACCCAUGGACCCACAGUGGGACCCACAGAUGGAUCCACAGACAGUCAGAGACCCAAAGCCGGACCCACGGGUGGACCCAUGGACAGACCCACGGACACCCAUGGACCCACAGCCAGACCCACAGUGGGACCCAUGGACACCCACGGACCCACAGAUGGAUCCACAGACACCCAGAGACCCACAGUGGGACCCACAGGUGGACCCACAGACACAGCCAGACCCAUAGCCAGACCCACGGACAGACCCACGGACACCCGUGGGGACACAGACAGACCCACGGCCGGACCCACAGAUGGACCCACAGUGGGACCCAUGGCCAGACCCACAGCCAUGGCCGGACCCACAGCCAGACCCACGGCGCAACCCAUGGAUGAACCCAGGGCCAGACCCACGGCGCGACCCAUGGUGGGACCCAUAGAUGGACCCAUAGCCGGACCCAUAGCGGGCGCUGUGUCGUGUGGGGACAGCCAG